AUGGAUUAGGAAAGCAAUUAUAUUGAAACUGUUCCUCAGAAUCUUUAGAGAAAGAAUAUUUUUGUUUUAAGCCAAAGCUAAAUCAAAGACGUGCUCGGGAAUUCCUCUUUUGAUACAAGUAUAAAAAAAGUAGAUUAAGAAAAUCCUUUGGAAGAGGCUUAGAAAAAAUCUCCUCCUCAGGAUAUAGCUGAUCCUUCAGAUCAGCAGCUUGAAAAUAUGAAUUAAAUCAACUAGUUAUAGGGAGAUAAAAAAAGUUAAACUCCUAUGGAAACUAAAUAGCCAGAAUAGAUUUUAGGUCCUCCUGUUGGUGAAAAAGGAGAAGCAAAAGUUGCAUAAAAGUCUGAAAAAGAUAUCAGUGAUAAAUAAGUUGAAAAUGAAAAAAAAGAUGAGAAUGCUAAAAAAAAUAUAGCUGGAGACUGCUAGAUAAAUGUUGAUGAUGGAAUAAUGAAUUGUGAAAAUGAUAAAAAUUAGAUAAGACAAGAUGAAGUCGAUAUUAAGGAUAUUGAAUAAGAUGUAUCAGGAAUAUCAAAAUAUGAGAUAUCCUUGUAUUGUGGUUUAAUUUUGUGCGGUUUGAUAAUUCUUGUGUUACUUUUGGCUAGAUUUAGAUCUUCGAUGAGUAAGUAUUUAGAAAAAUACUACAUAAAGUCUCUCAGGAUAAUCAUAUUGGAUGUUAUAAUUCUCAUGAGUUUGAACACUCUUGUUCAGAUUUUGUAUUAUAACAGAUUUUUAGAUGUCAUCCAGCUAGAAUAUUUCAACAUUUACGGGUUCACUAUUACUUUUGCUUUCUUUAGUAUUUUUUGGAUACUGAUUGCUACUAUUUAUGCCUAUAUUCUUUAGAAUUUCAGCAACACUUACAUGCUAUAUGAGAGGAAUUGGAUUCAUAGAAUGGAUUAUUUAGAAGUAGAUCCUGAGGAUGAAACUGAAGCCUAAUUUGAAGAGCGCCUCAAAAAUAUUUAAUAUUUUCUUAUCAAAGAAGACUUUAUCAUGCCUAUCACUCACAUUUGCUACACAGAACCAAUGGUUUUAAGGGAGGAUUUUAAUUUUGCUGAGUACUUAGGAAGAGCUCAAGCAAAAUGCCAUUUACAACUUUUUAAUAUUAGCUUAACUACUCUAAUUAUCUUAAUUACUUUCUUUUUGAUCGUUACAGUUAUUGACCUCAUUGAAGAUUGGCUAAUCGAGUGUUUAAUUUUUUUGUUAUUACCUCUGAUUUCCUUCAUUGUUGGUUGGAUAGAAAAUAAAAGGCAGCUAAUUAUUGUUCAGCAACUUAUCACAACAGCAUCACACUAAUACGAAAUAGAAUCUAUUAAAUUUCUCAAUUUAGACUUGAAAAGACAAGCUCACUUUUCCAACAAAAUCAAAUAUCCCAGCUAUAUUUAAGAUUAACACGUUUACACUGAAGAAGCAACUAGCAGACAUCAGUCUCUCUUUCCCUUUAGGGCUGUGUAAUUCCCUCUUAAAUUAGUGCACUUUACCCUUGUCCUCUAGAUUGUUUGGAUCAUGGUUUUCCUAUUUAAUUACUCUAAAUAACUCACUAAAAGUUGGGAAUGCUAAGUUAUAUUUUCUAUUGGUUUAUUCUUGAUUCUCUUUCAACUAUUCUUUGUUAUCCCAUUUUUCUUAAAGAAAUAUGCUGUUAAUACUCAUAUCUAGCAGUUAAAAGACCCAUAAAUUAUUGAGAAAGUUGUCUCAAAUUAAAAGGAGCAAAUUACUCUGGCCUUUUAAAAGCUGUAUCGCUUGAUAAAACACUUGAGAAGAUAGAAUAAUCCCAAGAGAAAUCAUAUUAAACUUCGCCCUGAAAUCAUAGAAUAACUGAAAUAAAUAGAACAAAUGAAACUAAAAAGCAUCGAUCAGCUGAUACACAAACUAGGAUACCUCAACUACUAAAAUGAUGAAUUCUACUAUUUGGAGAAAGCUUUGCUAUAAAUUUAAUAGUCAAAUUCGAGUUAGCCUUCUUCUCAAGCUUCUCUUGAACACUAAACAAAGUAUAAUUUAGAUGGAAAUAAUGAAAAAAAUUAAAAAGAAAAAGAGUAAGAUUAAGAACAGGUAGAAAAUCCAAGGCCAACUGCUAACCCAAGAAACCAAGGAAGUAUUUUACCUUAAAAAACUCAUCUAAAUAAGCCAGAAGGAUAAGAAGAACAAAAAGAUGAAAAUGAUUCACUUGUUAAUCUAUCUGAAGACUUAAUUAAUUAAAAUAAAGGAGAGUAAGAUAAAGAUUUGUCUCUAGUUGACAUAGAGGCUGACGAAAUCAAUAAAAAAAGUUCCAUAGAUAAAUAAGAUGAAGAAUCUGUGAAAAUUGAAAUAGAUUUGCGAGAUUCAACUGAAAAGAAAGCUGAACAAAAAGACUCUGAUAAAAAUAAACAAAAUGAAAAAAAUGUAGAUCAAAAUAUGUCUGAUGGAAGCAUAUAGCUGCUGAAAAAAAAAUCAAUUGAUGAAAAACAAUAAGAAGAAUAAAGUAGAUUUGUACUUUCGGUGCUUCUAAAAUUGUGCAGUGUGUACACUCAAGAAGUUGUUUUAGAUCCUUACAAAGCAUCUUAUGAGACAUUACUUGAAAUGUUUAAUCACAAAUAAAUUAUUACUAUCGAAGAGUUCAAAAAAAUUAUAACUCAGUAGUACAACAAGAUAGAAUAAGAAUAGCUAGAUAUUAUUCUAGAUAAAGAAGAUAUCAAAUUGAUUGUAAAUGAGGUAUUCUAUCUAGAAGAUAAGUAUGAAAAAAUUCAUAUCAGUAGAGUUGCAUCUCUCCUCAGAAAUUCUAUUGAAAUGCUACCUCGUUGA